UUUUUCUUCAUAACUAGCCAUAUAAUAUAUUGACCCAAAAAUGUUAGGCUCAUCCAAAUCCAUAUAUACUUCAAAUCUUAGGCUCCUCAAUCCCCAAUCGAUAAAUAGCAAGUAUGGAAUCCCAAAAUAUAGAGCAUGUUUCUUCUAAUUUGCUCAAAGCUCAGAGCCACAUAUGGAAUCACAUUUUCAAUUUCAUAAAUUCCAUGUCACUUAAAUGUGUAGUUGAUUUAGGCAUAGUAGAUAUUAUACACAAUCAUGGAAAACCCAUGCCACUUUCAAAACUCAUUUCUUCACUAUCAAUCCAUCCUACAAAAAACGACAAUAUCUAUCGCUUGAUGCGAAUCAUGACUCACUCUGGCUUCUUUUCUCAACAAAAUAUCACACUAGAGAAUGAGCUAGAAAUUGAGUAUAUGUUAACUGAUGCAUCUCGAUUACUACUCAAGGAUAACCCAAUGAGUAUGACACCAUUCGUGCAAGCGAUGCUCGAUCCGGUUUUGACAAAUCCGUGGCAUCAAUUGUCUACUUGGUUAAAAAACGACGAUCCUACAACGUUUGAAACAACACACAAGAUGCUAAUGUGGGAUUAUGCUGCCCGUGACUCCAAUUUUAACAACUUAUUCAACGAGUCCAUGGCAAGUGAUGCUCGAUUAGUGACCAAUUUGUUGAUCGAGAAGUAUAGGGAAGUAUUCAUUGGAUCAAAGUCAUUGAUCGAUGUUGGAGGAGGCACAGGGACCACGGCAAAGGCUCUUGCCAAAUCAUUCCCUCAAUUAGAGUGUGUUGUGUUUGAUCUCCCACAUGUUGUCGCUGGCUUGCAAGGAAGUGAUAAUCUAAAAUAUGUUGGUGGAGACAUGUUUAAAGAAAUUCCUCCGGCAGAUGCCAUCUUGAUGAAGUGGAUAUUGCAUAGUUGGAAUGAUGAGAAAUGUGUGAAACUAUUGAAGAAAUGCAAGGAAUCACUCAAACAGAAAGGUAAAGAAGGAAAGGUGAUUAUCAUAGAUAUGGUGUUGGACAUUGACCAAAAGGGAGACAAUGACAUUACUAAAUCAACUGAAACACAACUCUUCUUUGAUAUGUUGAUGAUGGUAGUUGUCACUGGAAAAGAGAGAAACGAAAAAGAAUGGAGUAAUUUGAUUUACUCUGCAGGUUUUUGUGGAUAUAAGAUAACUCCAAUUUUAGGCUUAAGGUCUGUGAUUGAGAUCUAUCCCUAAUAAAAUGAGUUUAAGUCUUUAAUGCAAAAGGUGAAAAGUGUUAAGGUGUUUUACAUUAUCAUUCAAUAAAAAUCAAUCAUACUGUCAUGUAAACUUA